AUGACACUUCCACCGACUAUCAGCCGUGCCGAACUUCUCGCCAAAUUCGAUACCUUCCUUUUCGAUGCCGACGGCGUCCUCUGGACCGGCGAUAUCCCUGUACCUGGCGCCAUCGAAUUUUUCAAAUAUCUCCUCGCCGACCCAAAUAAACGCGCCUUCGUCCUCACCAACAACUCGACCAAAACCCUGCAGCAGUACUUGGAGAAAAUUGGCAAGAUUGGCUUCGGAGAGAUCAAGGCGGAGAACGUCAUCAGCCCUGCCCUGGUCCUCGCCGAUUACUUCAAGAGCAACCCGGAGAAAUUCGCCGGCCAGAAGGUCUACCUGAUGGGAACCGAAGAUUUGCGCAAGACUCUGGAAGAAAUCGGAGGCGUGGAGUGCUAUGGAAUGGGACCGGAUCAUGUUCACGACUACACUACCGGCUAUUUUAUCCAUGAAUUGGAUAUGAGCGUGAUCCCGAAGGCCGUCGUCUGCAGCUUCGACUCUCAUCUGAGCUAUCCGAAAAUCAUGAAAGCCGCUAAUUAUCUUCUGAAGCCCGACGUCGAGUUCCUCGUCACCAAUGAAGACUAUACUUUCCCUGGACCGAUCCCAGGCGUCGUCAUUCCCGGAUCUGGCACGACGAUGGCGCCGGUGGCCGCCGUCUCCGGAAGAAAGCCGACGAUCUUCGGCAAGCCGCAUCGACCGAUGAUGGACUUUUUGAAGAGGAGAGCUCACAUCGACCCCAGCCGGACUGUCAUGUUCGGCGAUAGACUGGACACCGACAUCAAGUUCGGCAACGACAAUGGCAUCGCCAGCGUCUGGAUGAGAACUGGCGUUCAUAAGCUGGAGGACAUUGCCAAGGCGGAAAUCGUUGGCGACACGAGCUUCCUACCGAAAUUCACUCAUUCUUUUGCGGAUGGCCUGGCAGAGAUUUAAUUAUUUUUUGUGGCUUUUUUAAGAUCUUCCUUUGUACCGGCUGAUACCUUGUAGACUUUUUCUUUUCUCUCAACUAUCCAAAAUCUUCCCGUCUAAUCAUCCUUUUUUGUUUGUUGACCUAAAAGCCUUGAAUUUUUUUUUAAAACCAGAAUCCUUGCUGAAUCGAGGCGGAGGUUCAAAUGGAAUUAAACUUUUUUUUCGUUACCUUUUUUCUUAAAGAGCUUUUCUCACAUACCUACUGACAGGGUUUCAUCUAACAAGCUUUUGUAGGGUUUUCUGAAUUUUCAAUCGGUCAAUUUCUGCUUUAAUACUUAUAAUUAUUCUUUUUCCUGGCCUCUCCUACUAUUCAAGGUUAUUUUUUUCAUGAAUUAUUCCUUUAUUUUUCGUUAAACUCGUUUUUUUCAAUGAUUUUUUUGUGAUUGAAAUAAAUUCCUUUACAGAUUUUCUACGACUGGAACUCGGUGCGCUUCUGAGGGAGGUGAUGGGAAAGAACAGGAGGUCGUCAAGCCGAAAGGUUGGAUCAAGAAGCUUCUUGUGAGUUUUCCCCUCGGUACAACCCAGAGAUGAAGAAUUAUCUUCUAGACGGGACAGCACCCCGUUGAUCCGUCGGAAUGGCAGAAGCAGUCGCACUCGUCGUUGCUCUCCUCCUCGGAGUACAUCUACGAAAUCAUGAGUUUGUUAUUUUUUUUUUAUAGAAUGGAAAGAAAAAUGGACAAGAAAAGUAUCAUCUUCGUGAAAAAAUAUAUAGAAAAAUGGUCGGAAACCCCGAAAUUACAAAUUUCCAGCUUUUCCAGUGUAAUUUCAUUAAAAACAAGCCAAAAAAAACCGAAAAGUUUAGAAUUACACUCUAAACUUUCAAAGAGAAUAUUUUGAAAACCUCUUUUGAAAAAAUUCCAAGAAAAUACUGUUCUUCAUCAAUUUUACAUAGUUACAACUUUUUCCAUACCAUUCAAAAUAAGCUUUAGUGAGUAUUUUCAUUGAAUGGUCUCUAGUUUUCUAAAGAACGUUUUUAAAUUCCUGUUUUCGAUUUUUUGAACGGUUUUGAUUGGUUUUGCUAUUGUUCUUUAUGUUCAGCUCACAACUACCGGCCCGGAGAGCAAGAAAAGUACCUCGAUGCUUUUGGAACCUACAAAGACGAGGUCCUGAACAAGGUAAGAAAAGAAAAAAAAUCCGGAAUUAAUCGUUUUCUAGCGUUCCUCCAUCGAACUGGUUGGCUCGUGGACCGUCGGCUAUGGCCGAACCCGCGACCAGGCCAUCCAUCUUUGGCGUUACAAGAAGGGUUACGAAGAUGUUGAUGGGUGAGUAGGGAGGAAAACAUUUAACAUUUAACAUUUAACAUUUAUUCAGUCCUCAGAAUAAUCAUGUAUCUGCUGAAUCAUGGAAUAUAGGAAAACAUAUUGCGAUGAAAUUUACAAAAAAAAAAAUAAUCUCCGAAAAAAACUGCAAAUUCACAACGUCUAACAGUUUUCUACACCAAGGGAUUUUUUUAAAUCCCUACUCUUUUUUUUGGAACUGCCGAUUUUAUAUUACAAAUUUUUGGGGCUGCCAAUUUUGAGCCUCAAAUAGGAUUUUCCCUUACGAUGGAAGUGUUAAGAAGUCAAAAAAAAGCAGUCCAAAUGUAUUUCUAUUUGUCCAAUCGUAGAAAAAAAAAACUAAAAGGUACUACUUUUUUUGUGCAACAAGCAAUUAAAAAUCUUAAAAAGGGAGGUCAUUUCAAUUUGCGGUUAAGACUUGGCUGAAAAUUGGCCAGAACGCUCCUUGAUGUACCAGAAGAAGAUCCUGAAAGUUUCAACCUGCACAACUCUCUAGUUUUCGAGAAAUAAGGGUUCAAACCCUCUUUUUUUUUAUGAAUUUUGGGGUUUUUUCUGACUUUGAAGUGUCCUUUUUCAAAAAUUAGGAAGUUGUGCAGGUUGCGACUUGGUACAUCAAGAAGUGUUCUGGCCAAUUUUCAGGAAAUUCCCAACCGCAAAAUAAUUUGACCUACCCUGUUAGCUUUAUCGCCAAAGUUUUUUUUAAAAUCAUUCAAGUUUUUUCUUACUAUGAAAGCAAGUAAAAUAAAACUGAGAAAGAUUUUUUCCAGAGCGAUCGCCAUGCACAACGACGACGGAGCCGUCCGCGCGGCGGAUUCAGAAGUGGCACGGCUUUGCGGACGCCGCAAGAACUUGAUCGUCAAGUCGUUCAGCUACUGGCGUGAGCCGGAGCAAAGACCUCCCAGCCAUGUCUACGACAUGCGUAGCUACGUUCUUCAGGUGACUUUUUUUACAGAAAUUUGUUCGAUUAUAGUUUUUUUAAAAAAAAGGUAGAGCAUUUUUUUAGUUGGUGUAUUUUUAAAUCUACUACGGAAAAAAAGAAAAAAAGAGGAGCAAUAAUAACAAAAUUGGCUUGGUAUUGCUUUUUAUCUCAUUUUUUUUUAGUAAUUUUUGAUUUCAGCCUGGUACAAUGAUCGAGUGGGCGAACGCUUGGGCGAAGGGCAUUUCUUUCCGUCGAGAGGCCAACCAGGACGUCGGAGGCUUCUUCGCUCAGGUUCCUUUUUUAUUUUUUCUUCAUGAUUUAAAGAGAUUUUAAAAUAUCAUUUAAAAAAAAUUCAAAGCAAACAAAAAAAAUAGUACAAUCGAGGCAAUACAUAAAAUCAAGAAUGAUGGUAAUAAAAGAUCCAAAAAUGAACAUUGAGAAACUUUGAAGUGGCUUUGAAAGGAAUUAGCGCCUUUUUAAAAAAAUAAAUUUGGUUUCAGAAAAUAUGACUCCUGCUUGGAAAAAUUCGGUGGUAUGAAAAACACCAGCGAAAAAUUCAAACGGCGACUUUUUCCGAUUUUUUUCAUAUCGCUAGAGAACUUUCCGACGGCUACCUUUCCGACAAAUCCCUUUCCGACUUUUUUUCCCCUAAUUUUUUUGGUUUAUAAAACAUCUAUUAACAUUUUUUUCCUAUUUUUUUCAGUUUUUAAUCAUGAACCAACUACCUACUUUAGGAAGAUUUAAAACGAAGAUUUUAUCUAGAAAAAAAGUCGGAAAAAAAGAUUCGUCGGAAAGGUGGCCGUCGGAAAGUUCCCUAGCGAUAUGAAAAAUUCGGAAACGUAGCCGUUUGAUUUUUUGCUGGUGGUUUUUUCAUACCGCCAAAAAUUCAUAACCUGCUUUUGACUCCAGGUCGGCCAACUCUACGUCGUCUACCACAUCUGGGCGUAUCCUUCGAUGGCUGCUCGCAACGACACUCGCCAGACGACUUGGGCCAAGCCUGGAUGGGACGCCACCGUCGCCUACACUGGUAAUCCGUGAAAGCUUAAGAAAUAGCAUUAAUUCUUCAUCUGAUUUAAAUAAAUGAAAAAUCUUUUUUUAAAAUAGAGAUGGAAUUUUUUAGGAUUUAUCUCAACUGUAUAAUGAUGAGAAGAACAGAAAAAAUUAUCGAAUAAGUUGAAAAUUCAAAAAUAAAAAAGAAUGAUCAUAAGUUCUAGACUGUUGUCUUGUAAGAAAAAAAAAAAGAUUUUUUCCAAUUUCUGUCAAACUUUCUUCUGAUUAUGGGGUCAACCUGAGGAUCUAAACGAGUUAAACUUUUCAAGGAAUAAAAAAAGAAUUCCAAAUAAAGAAAUAAGUUUUUGAGGUCAAUACAAUAAAUUUUGACGAAAAUUGAUAAAAAAACAUUUUUCGGGGCUUGGAAUGAUUAAAGUGUACCUUUGUUUCAAAAAUCAUCAGAAUUUUUUUAAAAGGAAAAAAAUUUUUUUGAAAAAGAAACAUUUUUUUGAAAAGGAAUUUUUUUCAAAAAAACGAUUUUUUACUUUAAUUUUUAGUUCCUCUGAUCAAGAAGAUGCAGUCGAAGAUCAUGACGCCGACGAAGUACUCGCAGUUGAAAUAG